AUGUUCACAAGGCGUCUUUUGUGCCCCUGCACGCGGCGGCUACCGAGCGGACUGCUGCUUAGCGGCACGUUUAACCCGCGUCAUCCCGACUUUCUUCUCGAGGGUCGCGCCACAACACCUGAUGGCCGUGUCUUUUGUGGCCGCUUUGACCCCGAGCAGGGAUUUCCCCUCUCUGGUAGUGAACUUGAGGACGACGGGGAUUUUUACCGCGGCUGCUUCAACACUCUGUGGCAGCGCCACGGUGACGGUGAGGCCUGGCUGGCCGACGGCACGUAUUAUAAGGGGCGGUUUUCUGAGGACGAGCUGGUGGAGGGGCUUGUGCGGAUCCCCAACGGCACGACUGAGACUGUCUUUGAGGGGCUACUGCGGGAUGAGGCGUUUGUGCGGGGGAAACUCACACAGCAUGACUUCACGUAUGAGGGUGAGUUUCGCGACAACAAACCACACGGCCGCGGGAAGCUUCGCUUUGCUACGGGGGCGGAGCAGGAGGGCACUUUUUUUGCCGGUAAGCUGCAUGGUAGUGGGUGCAAGAUGAAGCUUGAUGGCGGCUUUGUGUACCUGGGUGAGUUUCUGGACGGAUGCAUCCGCCGCGGCCAGCUCUUCACGCCGACGUACACGUACGACGGCGAGUUUAACGAGCACGGCCGGGCUCACGGGGAGGGGUCGCAGACGUACUUGGCAAACGAACCGCGUCUCAUUUUUACGGGCAUAUGGGAAAAUGGGGCGCUUGUGCGUGGAACCUGCACCGACGAGUACGGGGCUCCUGUGGAUUGGAAGGACAAUCAUGAGCUUCAGGCGAAGAUCUUUAGCGAAGAUGGCGGUGACGUUGCCGUGGCGAUGAACACCUACAGCAGCGCCAAGCUGAAGGAGGCAGACACGCUAUACAAGGAGAUGAACCAGAGCUACGUGAAGGAUGCCGAGAGAGCUCGGCGAGAGACGGGGAAGUAUCCAUCCAAGAUGAGCCUGGGCUACGAAGGAGGCAUUCAAAAGGAAAAGGAAGCACUCGAGCGUGCGUCACGGGAAGCCAUAGAUGACAUGCAGAGCGCACGUGACAGCAUGGAGGCACGCAACGAUGAUGUGAAUCGCUUGUGUGCAAGGGCUGUGAGUGAGGUCACAAUACCGCUAAACCACAACACAGCGAGGAUGCAGUAUGCGAGGCAGGACGGAGCACAACAGCUGGCAGCACAGCGUGUGGAUGAGCAGUUCGAACGCUUUCUGAAAACCUUUGAUCGUGAAACGGACGGCAACGUCAGUAGACACAUCAUUGACGGCAAUUCGCCUUGGAAGUCGUACACUCCAAAAGGAUAA